GGGGCGGGGCCCAGUUUUUAAACCUCCGUGCGGGCCGUCUCCGCUGCCAGUGCGCCGCCGCCGCCCGGCUCAGCGCCGCCCGCUCGGCUGCUGUCCCGGAGCCUCUGGGAGGUUGACAAGGUCCGGGCCAUGGCGCUGCUCUUUGUCCUGCCGUUUCUAGCCGGCGCUGCCCUUUCUGUGCUCCCGGCUACCGCCGCUGGAUCACACAGUCUUCAUUACAACCUCACAGUGCUGUCCCGGGAUGGAUCUGUGCAGUCCAGCUUUUUCGCUGGGGGACACUUGGAUGGCCAGGCCUUCCUGCACUGUGACCGUGAGACAGGCAGGGUAGAGCCCCGGGGACUGUGGGCAGAAGAGCUGGGAGCUGAGACGUGGGACACAGAGUCCAAGGACUUGACAGAGACCUGGAAGGACCUCAGAAAGCUUCUAGCAGAAAUCCUGUCCCUGCAGGAGGAGAAAGGAGGUGUGAAUUCCCUCCAGGAGAUGGUGGGCUGUGAAAUCCAAGAAGACAACCACGCCUGGGGCUUCAGGUUUCUCUGCUAUGAUGGGGAGCUCCUCCUCUCCUGUCACCCAGAGACCCAGGGUUGUACAGUGCCCCAGUCCUUGGCUCGGAACUGGGCCAUGGAAAUGGAGAAGUUCGGGGACACAGAUAGCUUUCAAAGCAAGUAUUACUGGGCCCACGUGCAGGGAGAGCUUUGUGGAAGACUGCGGGGCUAUCUGGAAUCCUGGACAGGCUUCAGGGAGAGAACAGGGCCCCCAGCCGUGAACGUGACCCGCAGCCAGGACUCGGAGGGCACAGUCAACCUCACAUGCUGGGCUUUCGGCUUCUUUCCCCGGAAUAUCUCAGCGGCCUGGUUUUGGGAUGAGGAACCCAUGAGGCGGGACGCCUAGCUUAAGGGUGUCCUGCCUGAUGGGAACGGGACCUACCGGUCCUGGGUGACCAAAAGUGUUCCCCAAGGAGAGGAGCAGCGGGUCCAGCGCCACGUGGAACACAGCGGGAAUCACAGUGCACACCCUGUGCCCUCUGGCUUUGUGUCCUUUGCUGCACGAAGAAGAAGAAGAAGACAGCAUCAGCUGUGGGGAGCCCAGCCGUUAGCCUGCAAGACCUGGAUCAAUGCCAGAUGGAGCCAAGUGACCAUAAUGGCCUCACACAACCGGGAUUUCAGUCCUUGUUGUCAGACCCUGCGUCCAUCAAUUCCACUGUGGAAGCUUAGAAUCUGCUGCCAGAGGCCUGAAUUCAGCUCCCUCUACUGGUCUUACUAGCACUUUCCCUUUUUUUUUUUUUUUUUUUUGCACUUUCCCUUUUGUGUGUGUUCUGUUAUUUAUUUUAUUAUUUUAAAAUUAUUUUUAUUUAAAAAAAUUUAUUAUUAUUAUUUUUUGAGGUGGAGUUUAUUUACAAUAUAGCACUUUUCCCUCUUGAUGCCUCAGUUUCUUCAUCUAUGAAAUGAGAAGAACAGUGUUUAUUUCCAGUUGUGGUGGGGACGAUUAAAAGCGUUCAUAUAUGUGAGGUGGGUGCAGAUGCACUACACUAAUUACUAACUCUAUUUUUGUUUUUUUAUGUUAUAAUAGAAUACAUGGAUAAUAAUUCAAUUAUUACGAAUAAGCUUUAUCAGUAAGUUUCCUCACUGUGGCUUCUCCCAAAAUGACUAAUAGCAGCUUUCUGGAAACUUGAGGUUCCCUUCACACCCUGUCACACUUGUAUAUGCAUUACUUCAUGUCUGCAAUAUCUAUAUAAUUUCAUAUUAAAAGUUUUAAUUGCUCUUUAAA